UUUUGUGUCAGAAAGCCAACCCAUCAUAACGAGUUUCAAAUAUGAUGGACUUUGAGAACGAGACCAGGGGUCUCAGCCAAGUUGGUACCGGUGGCGCAGUCCAGAAGCGAAAUGAGAAGGGGGAAAUUACUAUGGAGAAAGUUAAAGUUUCUAGAUAUGUCGCAGGAAAAAGACCCGACUACGCAGUCAAUUCAUCAGAUGAAUCAGAUGAUGAUGAAUUUCAAGCCAAGAAAAUCGAAGAUCUGGUUGGCGUUGGAGGUAGUUCAGCGCAAGCUCUUGCAGUAUCAAAAGUGCCUAUACCAAAAUCAUCUACUGAAGCUGCAGAUCCUCGGUUGAAAAGAUUGUACCAACAUAUUCAGCAUUCGUCGAGCGGUGAUUCUACAAGGCGAAGACCUCAUCGCGAAGUUUUUGAACCAGAAAUAAUCAAAAGAGAAGCGGAAGAAAAGUAUACAUCAGAUGAUCGGAGAGACAGUAAGCCGAACAGAAUUUCUCGAUUCGAUCAACCUCCAAAAGAGAAUAGACGGAGAAAAUCUCGGUCAGGAAGCAGUAGCGGAAGUAGUGAGGAUGAAAGAAACGCGCGAAAUAAAGAAGGUAAUAACCGUACAGCCAGACACCGACACCCAGAUCCAAGUGACGAUGAAGACGAGCAAUCUGAAGAGGAUCAGAAAGUGAGACGCAUGCGGAUGUUGCAGAACGCUAGAAUGAGGAAAGCUCAAGAAGAGGAGCUCCUAGCGGUAGAAGAGGAAGAGGACGACAAGAAGGCGCUAGGAUCUGGUGGUGGCGAUCGUGGCCGAGUGAGUGGGGCAAGGGCGGAGUCUUCCUCGGAAGAGGGAUCGGAGUACGAGGACAUGAGUUCAUCAGACGAUGAUGGACCAUCAAGAUUGAAACCGGUGUUCAUUUCAAAGCAAGAUAGACUGUCGACGAAGGAAAAGGAAAAAGAGAAGGAAGAGACCAGAACGAGGGAGUUCGAAGCCAGGAGAGUGAAGGAAGAAAGAAGGCGAGAAGCGUUGAGGAUCGUAGAGCAAAUUCGCAAGACAGAAGUGGAAGAGAGGAAGGCGAACAACGCAGAAGGAGCAGUUGAGGACCUCGAGGCCAUCCAGACUGACGACGAGGAUGUCGAGGAGGCAUACGAAGCAUGGAAGGUGCGUGAGUUGAAGCGUAUCAAGCGAGACCGAGACAUGAGGGAGAAGUUGGAGAGGGAAAGAGACGAAGUGGAGAGGAUCCAUGAGAUGACAGAGGAGGAGAGGAGACUCUACUUCAGACAGAACCCGACCACUGUGACUAACAAGAUGCCAAAGGGCAAAUACAAGUUCCUCCAGAAGUACUACCACCGAGGAGCAUUCUACUUGGAAGAGGAAGAAGACGUGUACACUCGUGACAUCACAGCACCGACUCUGGAAGACCACUUUGAUAAGACAGUCCUUCCCAAGGUCAUGCAGGUGAAGAACUUCGGACGAUCAGGCAGGACCAAAUACACCCACUUAGUUGACCAGGACACCACAGAAUUUUCAAGUCCCUGGGGAGUAGAUAGCACACAUGCUAUGAAGUUCCAACUUAAGGUCGGUGGGGGCAUGAAAGAAGCUUACCAGAGACCAUCAGCAAAGGCCAGCAAGAAUUCAUAAAUAAACCCAGGAGUUUUGCCGACGAAGUUUGAAGGGAGUGAAGUAGAGUCCAAGAAUUGGAUCGAAGUUCCGUGAGCCGGAGUAAGAGGCAGAGCUAGACGUAUAAUUUAAGUUCGUUUUCAGAACCUAGACAGAACUGUUUUGUUUGCAAUGAACACUAUCUUCACAAUUUUUGAUUAAUUGUUAGUAAAUGCUAUUAAAAGUA